AUGGAGAAAAACGACAUCGGCGUUUUGAUAGGAACAGUUAUCUCCCUGAUCCUCCUCAUUUGCGGAGUCUCUAUUCAUAGGUGGCCAUGUGGUCUUGUGAAGGUUGGUGUGUUCAGCGGCUGCCUCAUAAACCACGAUGAUAAAUACCUGGUCAUCGGCAUCCUCCUUAUCAUUGCCAUCAUUCUGAUUGCCUUUGAGCUUAUUGCUGUCAUCCUUGAUCUGACAAUUGGCGACGCCUGGACGGGAAUUACAGCACUCGUAUGUGCCUGUAUUGGAGCUGUGCUAGCUCUAGCCGCCAUGCUUUACUACUACAUUGAGAUUAAUUCGUCGAUUUCGCCUAUUCUGUCGACUAUCGGCAUGGCUUUUGCUGUGGCCGUAGCCAUAUUUAUGGUGAUGCAGAAAAUAUCCUGUUAA